AUGACCUCAAGUGUCGCCGCAACAGUUGCCAGUAAAACUGAGCAUGACGAGAGAGAAGAUGGGCAGGGGCUUCCGCCCGUGGCAUCGAAGAAGUCCUUCAGGUUCUAUGCUAUUAUCGUGGCACUCGCGUUGUCGGGGUUGACGACCUCGUUGGAAGCAACAAUCACAUCGACCGCGUUGCCAACCAUCACAGCGGAUCUGGGUGGUGGUGAUCUCUAUAUAUGGGUUGUCAACGGAUUCUAUCUGACUCAGACGGCAUUUCAGCCAUUAUUCGGACAAGUCGCAGAUAUCUAUGGUCGCCGAUGGCCGAUGAUCAUCAGUACAGCGAUGUUCACCUUAGGGAGUGGUCUCUGUGGCGGCUCGAGCAGCAUCAAUAUGAUGAUUGCCGGACGACUCGUCCAAGGGAUUGGUUCCGGUGGCAUCACCGUCCUCAUCGAAAUCAUCGUAUGCGAUCUGCUCCCGCUCAGAGAACGAGGACGAUACAUGGGCAUGCUGUUCGGUCUUAUAGCCAUCGGCACGACUCUGGGUCCUCUCUUCGGCGGACUGAUUGUCCAAUACACCACGUGGCGCUGGGUGUUUUACCUGAACGUCCCUGUCGGGGGAGCAGCGUUAGUUACUCUGUUUGUGUUCCUUAGGGUCAAAUCAGAGAACACACUCAACUACAAAAUGCGGUUGAGGCGGAUCGACUGGCUCGGAAACAUCGUCUUCGUUCUCUCAAUGAUCUCCGUCCUCAUCGCUCUAUCCUGGGCAGGGAGCGCAUAUGCAUGGUCAUCAUUCCGCGUCAUCCUCCCACUUAUCAUGGGCUUUGCGGGGUUCGGCCUGUUCCUGACCUACGAGGCGUCCAGAUACUGCGUCAACCCGACCAUGCCCCUCCACCUAUUCUCCAACCGAACGUCCGGAGCAGCAUUUGGUCUGACGUUCCUCCACAGCCUCUCCGCAAUCUCAGUCAUGUACUUCCUCCCAGUCUACUUCCAAGCCGUACUUGCAGCCACACCCAGCCGGUCAGGUGUGGAACUCCUCCCAACAAUCCUCUUCAUGAUACCCGCCGCCAUAGUCGCCGGCGGCUUGCUAUCCAAGCUCGGCCGCUACCGGCCCAUUCAGCACGUCGGGUUCGCCCUGAUGGUGAUCGGAUUCGGCCUUCUGACCUUGCUGGAAGGCCACGCCACAACCGCCCAAUGGGUCGGGUACCAGCUCGCCAGCGCAGCGGGCUCAGGUCUCGCACUCCCCGUCCUCCUCCCAGCCGUCCAAGCAUCUCUCACCGAAGAGGACACCGCGCUCUCCACUUCAACCUGGGCCUUCAUCCGAAGCUUCGGCUUGAUCUGGGGCGCCACGAUCCCAACCACCGCUUUCAACAAUCGCUUCGACGCGCUCCUGGGUCGGAUUACCGACCCGGUCAUUGCGGAAGAAUUCGCAAACGGGAAGGGGUAUGAGCGUGCCACAAAAGCCUUUAUGGAUACGAUCACGGAUCCAGUCACGCGUGCGCAGGUGGUGUCAGUCUAUGUCGAUUCGAUCAGGAUGGUCUGGUAUGUCUCUAUGGCGUUUUCGGCUCUGGCUUUUCUCCUCGUUAUUGUCGAGAAAGAGGUCCCGCUUCGAAAGGAGCUAGAUACUAAGUUUAGCAUGGAGGAGACAGAUAAGGAUUCGGAGACUGACCUGGAGAAUCCGUUAGUGAAAGGCGAAUAG